CGAUGCAGCUCAUUCAAGUCGUCAAGUUGCUCCUUCUUCUCUCCUGGCCAUUCUUAUUCCAUUUUCUUCAUUAUUCGUAUAUAUUGAGGCAUCUGAAGACCUGUUAUUUAGUCGAUCUGCUUUGAUCGUCGCACCUUUUAGCGGUUCCAGUGAAGUGGUUCGCCUCUGCUUCGAUAAUCAUUGUCAACAUGAUCGAAAUAAGGAUACUAUUCUUCGUAGCUCUAUAUUCAACUUGCACCAUUUCCCAUCCCUAUUACAAUGGCUUCAGCAGAAAUCCAUACGACCAAGGAUAUGGCAUCUUCAACUACGCAAAUCAAAUCCCUUACAACACAUACAUACCAAGCUUUCCAGAACCCGAUCUGGCAUUUUACCUCUCACAAAAUCAACCCUUCAACUUGCUAGCUGAAGCUCCACAAGUCAUUGGCACUACCUUCUCAAUACUACCGAUGUUCGCCGUGCCGAAAGAAAAUGUUAAUAUGGUAUCAAGUGCUAAUAUACUGGGCGUAUCGCAGAAGAAACCCAUGUUGACGAUAAGAACAGAAACUAAUUCCCUGCUACAGUGCAUUCCAGGAGUGAGGAUAGAGUUGGAGCAACCAAUGUGGAUAUAUUCUUUGAAGAAAACCAGCAUUGUGUUUCCCUCUGAAGUCUUGAUUUAUCAUGGUGGUUAUAGAAUCCCCCUGAAAGUUGGUGCUGUACUAGCACCGGUUACCCAAGAGUCUUUCUUUUUCGAUCGAGUACCCGUUGAAGUCCGUGUGGUGUAUGCUGUUCCUCUUCCUUCGAAACCUAUCAAUGUAGAAACCGUUACCACCACCCAGCAAGUACAAAAUACAAUUGUAGAAACUGUCGACAAUCAGGCAAUUGUCGUGGAAAGUAAUGAGUUUGAUGAACAAGGUGGCACGUCAGGAUUCGUUGAAAAUCCCAAAAAUGUAACUAUUGUUGAGUUUCCUAACAAGGUGGCUUCUCCUACACUUCCUGUUUCUGAAGAAGAUGAAGAGUUAGUAAAUCGAAAUCCGCCUCAGAUCUUAGUCCCUGCUGGUAUUGUGCAAUCAACUCAACCUGAAAUACUCAUUGAACCUUUCCACAACUCGAAAGAAUCACCUGUUUUGACUCAACUUAAACAAGAGAAAUUGAAGCAAAAACUGAAGAUAAGAGAAGCGGAAGAGUUUCAAAUUCAUAACACAACAAGUUCGGAAUCUGGAAGUGUAUAAAACAUGUAGAUAAAUUAUUUAUUGUUAGUGAAUUUUGGAAUUGAGUACAGAUGAAUUCCUUAAGAGAUGCGAAAUUGUAGCUAUAAGUUGUAAUAUAAUAAAUACAGACUAGCAGAAA